UCUACUCCCACAGUGAUUCUCUCUCUCUCUCUCAGACAUUUUCUUCUCUCUUUCGUAUUCACCUUAAAAUCCAGCUCAAACAUACCCAACAACCUUUACUCAUUUCACGACCAUCUCGUCCCCCCCUCUCUCUCUCUCUCUCUCUCUCUCUCUCUGUGUCUGUCACUCUAAAGCAUACCCAUUUGUGGCCUUAUGCUCACUGCAAUGCCACGCUUGCUAGAUCCGCCAUUCUGAGCGAGACCCAUUGCUCAAAGCCAUCCCGAAAUGGGCGUUCUGGGAGACUCUUGGUGUUUCUGCAAAGGCGUGGGAAAGUCCGAGAGAAUGAAAGCCGCCAUUUUCUCUAACAAAGCCUCCGCCAUGGUCAGAGUCUCCGGCGCCGGCACCGGCACCGGGUUCUUGAUCCAUCGGAAUCUGCUCUUGACCACUCACGCUAAUUUUCCGUCCGUGGCAGCUGCCGAGAGUUCCGAGAUCUGGCUCCACAACAGUGUCUCCGCGAGCCUUGUUCCUCAUAGGUUUUUCAUCACCAGCUCUGUUUUAGAUCUUACAAUAGUGGGUUUAGAUUCCAUCGAUGGAGAUUCAAAUGCCCAGGGACAGCAGCCUCACUACUUGAAAACAUGUUCUAAACCAAAUCUGGAUCUGGGAAGUGUGGUUUACCUCUUAGGCUACACAGAGAAAAAUGAAUUGACAGUUGGUGAAGGAAAGGUGGUGAUCGCCACUGACAAUCUCAUAAAAUUGUCAACAGAUGGAGUAAUAUGGAGCCCUGGGUCCGCUGGAUUUGAUGCACAAGGCAAUCUUGCAUUCAUGAUCUGUGAUCCUAUGAAACUAGCCACAUCUCCAAAUACCAAGUCCUCUUCAACUUCAUCAUCAUCCUCGUCAUCUUGGAAGAAGGAUCCUCCUAUGCAACCUCCUAUGCAAUUUGGUAUACCUAUUCCCAUUGUCUGUGACUGGUUAAAUCAGCAUUGGGAGGGCAGCCUCGAUGAACUUAACAAACCAAAGUUGCCUAUCAUUCGAUUGAUGUCUGCAGGCCAAAAAAGUGAGCAUUCUUGUGCUUCAUUCACGGUGCGUCAAGUUUUUAAGUCAACAGAAGCCGAUUAUGAUGGAACCCCUUCCUCAUCAAAUAUAAUCUCAAAAGCUAGGGAUCAGCCUGGGCCAAGCUGUUCUGCUCCAGCUAAUAAUGUUGAAGGAGAAACCCGGACAAAUGAUUUGCAUGCAACCCAUGUGCAGGGAAUCCCAACUCCGGAAAUAUAUGAAUCACCAAGGUUAACUUCAGUUCCUGUUAGGAAGAACGAAAGUGCACAAAUCCAGCUCUUGGAUAUUAAUUUUCCUCCAAGGGUUGUGAAAGCAGCAGUACUGCCUCAGCCAGCCAAACGGCGGCCCCAUAGCUCAGAUGAGAAUUGUGUCAAGGAACUUCCUCCAAAGAGCCCAUUAAGAGAAGACCAAAUCAAGGAUGAGGGAGUUACCUGUGCCCGUGCAGAUGCUGAGGUUUCCUCAACAGGUUCUGUGAAUGGGGCACAAAGUGAGGUCCAGUCUUGUUCAUCUCCGAUAGAUGUUUCAGAGGUGCAGAAUGGGUAUAGCAGUGAGGGAGAGACUACCAUGUACUCUGCAGAAACUGCUGAGAGUCGAAAUUAUACAAGUCCUAGAGAGGGAAAGUUUCAGCCAGUGGGACGGAGCCAGAGUUGUGUAAGUUACAAUAGAUCGGGGAUUGUCCAGAGAAACUCGGUGGCUCGGAGAGCACUACUAGAGAAGCAGAGGAGCUUCAUUCAUGGAAGGAAGAUGUAUUCACAAGCAGCAACUUCUCAAAGGAGCAACGACUAUUUCAGCCCAACUGUAUCCUCAAUCAUGAAGAAGCGGAACGAUUUGGAGCAGCCCAGCAGACCCCGGCAAAGGCAAAGUGCCGUUCAUUCUUCUCCGAGAUGGAUGUUUUAAUUGAUUCUUGACUGGUAUGAUACCCAAAAAGAGGUCAACAACAAAAUUAUAGUGUUUUUACAGUGUUUAAAUCAAUGUCCAUUUAAUCUGCCACUUUGGUAUAUACUGUGACUAUGUGCAGUGGUGAAUAAGAAAAUUCAGUCAUCUUACUAGUUC